CAAAGAGAUAAGAGAGCAAGGGAAUCCACACAAUCCAAGAGAGAAGGAAGGAGGAGAGCAGUUCGCAGGUUCGUUCUUCAGUGCGUAGCUCUGAUUGUUUGAGCCAUAACUUGAGAUUUACGCACCCAAAUAAGGCGUGCGAGAUACCAACAGAAAGCUCUCAAGACGAGGAAUCCGUGAAGGUCUGGUUUGCAUAAAUCGGAGUAGUGGAAGGCCUCCAAAUCGACCGAGCAAAACACGACCUCGCAGAAUACGUUUUUGUAUUCAAAGUUAGGGAACGAAUUCGUCGGGAAACACCCGUUCUAGGGACUGUUUUUGCAUUUUCGGUUAGGAGUUGAACUAGCACUUUGAGGGGGCUGUUUAACACUCAAUUCCAAGCAAGGAAUCAGUUCUCAAUCUUCCUUGUCCGAGGCUUUGGGUCAUUGGAUCGAGAAGGAAAGUUUUAAAGCUCAUUUGAGGUUGAGGCUAGAGCUUGCUUCCUGUGCUCGUUGCCCGAGUGAUUUCCCGGAGAGAAGACUUGAAAUGGACCGUGGUGGCAGGAUUACUAGGAGAAACCCGACGGGCCGUGUACCAGUGGAGACUGGACAGGGCAGUCGAAGGACCUCUAGGGCAUCUAGAGGAGCUGGCCGUGGAGGCCGAUCACAGACCGUGAGUGACGGUCAUGUUGACACGGAAAGUGAGACCUACUGGUCCUAUGAGGACUCGACUUACCAACCGGAGACAGAGCCGGUUGAGACCCCUUAUGAAGGGGAUGAUGACGAUGUAAGUGAUGAGGAGGAAAAUGGCUCCUUAGCACGGAUCGAAGCACUACUCCAACAAUACCACAGGGAGCGUGAAGAGAGGAGGCAACGCCGAAGACGCCGAGCGGGGCAACCUUCGGGCAUGGCUUCAGGAGGAGGAAGUCAUGGUGCAUCUAGAGUCCAUGUGGAACCACAUGGAGGCCAAAAUGAUGGAGGUCCAACCAUAAGGAUCUCCAAAUUUAUCAAAGAAGCAAGGGAUUUGGGGUGCAAACCCUUUGAUGGAGCAGGGGACAUUUCAGUUGCAGCACAAUGGAUCAAGAGGCUAAAUGAAGCAGCCCUUGACAUGCAAAUCGCGCCGAAUCUCAAACUGAGAAUUGCGGUAAGAUUGCUCGAGGGGAUGGCAUCCAAGUGGUGGGAUGGAACCAAGAGCAAGUACGGUGAGACCGUCGUUUGGGAGGACUUCCAACGGGAGUUCUUUGCCCAAUAUUAUUCGGAUUUUGAAGUGAACAAGAAGGUGAGGGAAUACACCCUCCUAACCCAAGGGGGCAACAUGACAGUGAAGGAACUUGAGUACAAGUUCCGGGAUCUCGCCGACUACAUACCGGAGUAUGCUUGUGACGAGAACCGAAUGGUAAACCACUUUUGGGAUGCUCUUGACUUGGAGAUACGUGAUAGGGCAACACAAUUGCCUAAUAUGACUUUCGCCCAAGUGGUUGACCAAGCGUUGAAGGGGGAGAAACAGUGGGAGGAGAGGAAGAAGAGAGACGCCGAGGAGGCGAAAAAGAGAAAGUGGGAGAGUCAUGGCUCCCAAGGUUCCAACAAAAAGGGGAACCAUGGAGGAGGAUCUUUCCGGGCACCGCCGCCACCGUCUAGGGGGAACCAAGGCCCGAGUGGGCAAGGCUCGAGGUCACAAACCUCGGUGAUAACUCGUUGCAACAAUUGCAAGAAGAAUCACUCCGGUAAGUGUCGCGACCCCCCUAGAUGUUUCCAAUGUGGGGAUGCCGGACACUUGAAGGCGCAUUGCCCCCAGUUGGGUGGGGCAAGGACAUCAGGACCAAGUAGCGGGGCUGCGGGAAGUAGAAACCAAGCCGGGGGUUCCCAAGUAACCAGGGGGCAAGGGGGAGCAAGCGCGAGUAACGCGCCGUCCGUGAAUCAAGGAAGGACGCAAGCUAGAGUCUACGCAAUGACCGAGGCUGAUGCUCGGGCUAAUCCCGACUCCGUCGCUGGUAAUACACUUAUUUUGGGCACUUUUAGGCUUACUUAGAUCAUGUACGUCGUUGGGAUUGAGUGCGGGCCACCCCGGGGCCAAAACCGGGUGAGUUAGGCCAAAUCAGGCUGGAAACAGCCACUGCCGGCCAGGCACGCCCGCAGGCACGCCGUGCGUGGCACCGUGCCUGGGAGGCAGUGGCCUCGCUGAGGAGUUCCGGCCAGGCACGGCUGCAGGCACGCCGUGCGUGGCACCGUGCCUGGGAGGCAGUGGCCUCCUCGAGGAAAUUCGGCCAGGCACGGUCGCAGGCACGCCGUGCGUGGCACCGUGCCUGGGAGGCAGUAGCGCCCAGGGCUUUUUCCUAAGCCAGGCACGAUCGUGCCUACCCCAGGCACGCCGUGCCUGGCACCCAGAUUGCCGACGAUUGAUUUUUCGCACCGUUUUGCGACGUUAAGACCCGUUCUUGAUCCCAAACACAUGUGUGAACAUAAUAAACCUCUCUAAAUGUGUAAGAAUGGUAGGAAAGGUAUCUUACAUGACUUAUAAAUGUAGGAACACUAAAGAUUAAUGGGAAGGAUGCGCGAAUCCUUAUCGAUACCGGGGGCGCAACGUUCAUUUGUGAAUGAAGCGUUCGCGAAGAGGUUGGGAGUGCAAUCCGCACCAUUGAUGCAAACCUUAGUGGUGUCAACACCACUAGGGGAUGACGUGGAAAGAACUUGUUACUAUCCAUCUUGUGGGGUGGAGGUUAAUGGUCAAACCUUGACGUGUGACUUCGUACCGCUGAGCAUGAUUGAAUUCGAUGCAAUCCUAGGGAUGAAUUGGCUAGAAAGGAACCAUGCUAGGGUAGAUUGCUACACGAAGGUUCUUGAACUCGAAGGCAAUGAUGGGGAGACCCUACGCUUCGAGGGCGAUCGAGGGAGAUCAAAUAGCUGCAUCAUAUCCGCCGUGAGAGCGAGAAGCAUGAUGAGAAAGGGAUGCCACGCAUAUCUAGCAUACGUGGUUGACAAAACCAAAGAAGAAACGAACAUCGAUGAUGUGAGGGUGGUUUGUAAGUAUCCGGAUGUCUUCCCUAAAGACUUACCAGGGCUUCCACCUGAUAGGGAGAUUGAAUUUGUGAUCGAGGUCGAGCCUGGUACCAAACCAAUCUCCAUACCGCCAUAUCGUAUGGCACCCGCUGAACUUAACGAGUUGAAAACCCAAUUGCAGGAGCUUUUGGAUAAUGGUUUCAUUAGACCCAGCCACUCCCCGUGGGGAGCACCAGUUCUUUUUGUGAAAAAGAAAGAUGGGACACUCCGAAUGUGCAUUGACUAUCGUCAACUGAACAAGGUCACAAUCAAGAAUAGGUAUCCUUUGCCUAGGAUUGAUGACUUAUUUGAUCAACUACGAGGAGCAACCGUGUUUUCAAAGAUUGACUUGAGGUCGGGGUACCACCAAUUGAAGAUUAAGGGAGUGUUUGCAACAGCUUCUGCUUUAAAAAAAGCACUUUUGGAGUGAUUUGGAAAAAGUGAUUAUUUGUAAAAGUUGAUAGUGUUUGAGAAAAAAGUGAUUUUGAAAAGUAAAAGUUGGUAGUGUUUGGUAAAAUAAGUGCUUUUGGUGUAUAAAAAGUGGAAAAACACUUUUGACACGAAAGCCGAGAAAAAUAAAAAAUUGGUAGUGUUUGGUAAAUAAGUGCUUUUUUAAGCCAAAAGCUGAGAAGUGCUUUUUUUAAAGUGGUUGCAAACCAGCCUUAAGGAGGAUGACAUACCAAAGAGUGCUUUCCGCACAAGGUAUGGGCAUUUUGAAUUCCUUGUUAUGUCGUUUGGGUUAACAAACGCCCCGGCGGCAUUCAUGGACUUGAUGAACCGAGUAUUUCAUAAAUACUUGGACCGAUUCGUGAUUGUGUUCAUAGAUGACAUCUUGAUUUAUUCAAGGAGUGAAGAAGAGCAUGAAGAGCACUUGAUACUUGUUCUUGAGACACUACGAGAGAAGCAACUUUAUGCCAAAUUUUCUAAAUGUGAAUUUUGGCUAAAGGAGAUUGGCUUCCUCGGGCACGUGGUUUCUGGAUCGGGAAUUGCUGUUGAUAACAAGAAGAUAGAAGCCAUUACCGAGUGGGAGAGGCCAAAGAACGUCAAGGAAAUUCGUAGUUUCCUUGGAUUGGCAGGCUACUACAUGAAGUUCGUGGAGAAGUUCUCUGUUUUGGCAUCACCAUUGACGAAGCUCACUCGUAAAGGAGCUAAGUUUGUAUAAGAUGACAAAUGUGAGAAGGGGUUCAUGGAACUAAAGAAACGAUUGACCGAGGCACCGGUACUCGCAUUACCCAAACAGGGUGUGGGGUACAAUGUCUAUAGCGAUGCGAGCAUCCAAGGGCUUGGGUGUGUACUGAUGCAGAAUGGGAGGGUAAUCGCCUAUGCUUCACGACAGUUGAAGAAGCAUGAGGUGAAUUAUCCUACUCAUGAUUUGGAGCUGGGGGGCAGUGGUGUUUGCACUGAAGAUAUGGAGACAUUAUCUCUACGGGGAGACAUGUCACAUAUACACUGAUCACAAGAGCUUGAAAUACGUGUUUACUCAGAAAGAGCUAAACAUGAGACAGAGACGGUGGAUGGAGUUGAUAAAAGACUACCAUCUGGUGAUAGAGUAUCACCCAGGCAAGGCUAACGUGGUGGCAGAUGCUUUGAGCCGGAAAAGCUCGUCUGGGCUGUUGCUAGCUAAUUUGAGGGCAUUAAGGGCCCAACUGGAGGUAUCCAGCGAGGGUGCCUUAUUGGCACGAUUUGAGGUGAGACCUACUUUACUUGAUGAGAUCAAGAAGGGUCAGGAAACCGACGAAGAAAUUAUGAAGAUCCGGGAACGCAUGCAAGCGGGACCGGUGGAGGACUUCAGAGAAAGAGAUGACGGUCUCUUAUUAUUUCGUGACCGAGUGUGUGUACCGGCGGAUGACGAGCUCCGAAAGUCCAUCUUAGAGGAAGCUCAUUCAUCGGCUUAUGCCAUGCACCCGGGGGGCACGAAGAUGUACCGUGACCUGAAGGAGAGCUACUGGUGGUCAGGUAUGAAGAGAGAAAUAGCCGAAUAUAUCAGUCGAUGCCUUACUUGUCAACAAGUUAAGGCGGAGCAUCAGCAUCCAGCGGGCUUAUUGCAACCACUUUCCAUUCCUGAAUGGAAGUGGGAACACGUGACUAUGGAUUUUGUGGUAGGGUUGCCACGGACAAUCAGGAACUAUGAUGCAGUUUGGGUUGUUGUAGAUAGGCUCACAAAGAGUGCACACUUCUUACCUAUCAACACUACUUACCCACUCGAGAGGUUAGCCAAAUUGUACACGGAUGAGAUCGUGAGGCUACAUGGGGUUCCAGUGACCAUUGUAUCCGAUAGAGACCCACGAUUCACAUCACGUUUUUGGCCGAAAUUUCAGGAGUCUAUGGGGACGAGGUUGAAGUUCAGUACUGCUUUCCACCCACAGACGGACGGGCAGUCUGAAAGAGUCAUACAGAUCUUAGACGACAUGCUGAGGGCUUGUGCAUUAGAGUUCCAAGGAAGUUGGGACAACCACUUAGCACUUGUGGAGUUUGCCUAUAACAACAGUUAUCAGGCAAGCAUCGGCAUGCCUCCAUACGAGGCAUUGUAUGGGAGGAGAUGCCGUACACCGUUAUGCUGGGAUGAGGUUGGCAUGGCCAAACUCGAGGGUACUGAGUUGGUUGAGGUCACCAAGUCAAAGGUGAAGCUGAUUCGAGAGAGACUCAAGGCGGCUCAGGAUAGGCAAAAGAGUUAUGCAGAUAAGCGUCGAAGGACCUUAGAGUUUAAGGUUGACGACGAGGUAUUCCUGAAAGUUUCUCCUUGGAAAGGAAUCAUUCGAUUCCAAACCCGAGGAAAGCUUAACCCACGAUAUAUAGGCCCAUUCAGAAUUAUAGAGAGGGUGGGGGCCGUAGCAUAUCGUCUACAGUUGACUCCUGAGUUGGAGAAGAUUCAUAAUGUGUUUCACGUGUCCAUGCUUAAGAAGUAUGUGCAUGAUCCUUCUCAUGUGUUGGAGAAGCCGCCCGUGGAGGUACGUGAAGAUUUGAACUAUGCCGUGCAACCGGUAAGAGUUAUUGACAGAAAAGUGAAGAAACUGAGGAGUAAAGAAGUUCCAAUGGUUAAAGUCCUUUGGAAGAGUGACCGGGUCGAAGAAGAGACUUGGGAAACAGAAGCUUUGAUGAGGAAGCAGUAUGCAUUCCUAUUUGAGUAGAGCUGUGAAUUUCGGGGACGAAAUUCCUGUUAAGGGGGGGUGAACUUGUGACACCGCUCCCGAAGGUCCUUGAAAAUUUGAUUUAAAGUUCAAAGUUUAUGUAUUGGAUUUCUGAUUCCCAAACAUUUGUAAAACGAUUAAUGUUUUACGUAAUUAAUGACCGAUUAUUAUACUGUUCGAACUCGUAUAUUAGUAUCGGGCUUGCGAAUACUCAUUCUGGGCCCAACCUGCUAAAAAUAGCAAGUAUUCGAGAAUGGCGUUCUGGAUCCACUCGGGAGUGACCCACACGGCUAGUAGUCCAAUAAUAUGUAUGACAAAUGUCAAAUAAGUGAUAGAAUGAUUAAAGGAGAAUACAAAUGCCUAUAACCCCAUCUUUGGCAUUAUUGAGCUAAAUAAUGGGUGUAGGAUUUUCCUUCUAUAAUAUCAAUCAAGUAAAUUAUUGGGAUGAGCCUACACAUAUUGGAGAUCAAUAAUGUGAUUUAGGAAGUUGACUUGUGCUAAAUAAAUUAGGAUGAGUACAAAAAGACAUCUUUGACAAAAGAUAAAACAAUAGGACCCAUCUUCCCAUUUUUGGAAGUAUUGGUAGAUAAUUUGGAUCCCAAAAUGAUUGGGAUCAAUUGGGAACCAUUCCACAUGGACUUAGUACCUGCAAAACAAGUGAAAAGAGGCGAGAAGGCCAUAUGGGGCGGACUCUUGGCUCACAUGCACAAAAAACUCCAAGAGAAAACAAAAGGGGGAGGUCCACCCCAUAUUUGAUUGCAAACCAAAUAUCUUCCAUGUUCUUUUGUGAGCCACAUACUCUUUUAGCAUGUUUAGGGGCUCCUAAUACACUCCCCACACACCCCAUUCGAACCCCCAAAGAGAUAAGAGAGCAAGGGAAUCCACACAAUCCAAGAGAGAAGGAAGGAGGAGAGCAGUUCGCAGGUUCGUUCUUCAGUGCGUAGCUCUGAUUGUUUGAGCCAUAACUUGAGAUUUACGCACCCAAAUAAGGCGUGCGAGAUACCAACAGAAAGCUCUCAAGACGAGGAAUCCGUGAAGGUCUGGUUUGCAUAAAUCGGAGUAGUGGAAGGCCUCCAAAUCGACCGAGCAAAACACGACCUCGCAGAAUACGUUUUUGUAUUCAAAGUUAGGGAACGAAUUCGUCGGGAAACACCCGUUCUAGGGACUGUUUUUGCAUUUUCGGUUAGGAGUUGAACUAGCACUUUGAGGGGGCUGUUUAACACUCAAUUCCAAGCAAGGAAUCAGUUCUCAAUCUUCCUUGGCCGAGGCUUUGGGUCAUUGGAUCGAGAAGGAAAGUUUUAAAGCUCAUUUGAGGUUGAGGCUAGAGCUUGCUUCCUGUGCUCGUUGCCCGAGUGAUUUCCCGGAGAGAAGACUUGGUUCGUGCUUCCUCCAUUCUGUUUUAGAACAUUAAUAAACAUGCUCAUGGAUAUUUUACUUUAGAGCCUGCGUGCUCAUGUUUGCCCUGUGUGGCCCUUUUGUUUUAAACAAUGUUUUCCGCCGCGUAUUGAAUUGCUUAUUAUGUAUGUUUAUGGAUGACUUAUGUGUGAAUGAUAUUCAUGACGCCUUGUAUAAUAUGAAUGCGUUGGACUGCGGUUGACUAUUCGUAUUGUACGGCGGGUUGUUGACGUGUCCGGGGAGGUCCGGGGCGUGACAGCUACCCACUCCCUCUUCUUCUCCGUUCAUCCGUACCCUUCUCCCUCUUUUUCUCCGUUCGUCUGUCGAAGUUGACACCUACGAAACCCAAGAACCCAACAACGCUCUCUGUUCUCCGUUCGCAAGUCACGAAACCGGCCGUCCCGCGCAACAGUUGAAUCGACGAAAUCCAUCCGACCGUCGUCCGCUUCACUCCGCUCAACUGGUACGGCGGCGACUGAAUUCGAAGGACUAAUAUGAAAUUUUAAAGUGGAAGACUUCAAGGGUCAUCCACAGCUAAUGAACGAAGGACAUGGUGCGCACAUCAUUGUAGUUCAGAGGAUGGAAUUGUAAAUUCCAAUAAAAGAUUACUUUCGUGCGCAAUACUCUGGACAAGAAUUUUUUUUAGGAGCCUCUGUCACUGCGGCCUUCGCCAACUUCUGGCAAUGAGAUUGAUGGAAUCGAGGUUCGACGGGCUGUAGGUGGGGUAUCUCCAUGAUAUCACCGUUGAUGACGCUGUCCAAAGCAGACUGUUGAGGACUCACAACAGCCUCCCACAAGGAACAUUAUUUUUGUUUAGUUUUGUUUUUUCUCUUGCCCAGAAUAUGUUUGAUAAAAUGUUGGAAUGAAAGUGUAGUUGGAUAAGAUAUGUUCAUUUUUUCUUCCUGCCGACUUUAGUAUGAAUUUCAAUUCAAACACUCCAUUUUACUUUCAGG